AUGCUUCAAAGUAUUUAUGACCAACAGGAUUUCUUCGAGAACUACAUCAAGCUAGACCGCCGAGUUAAGGGGCUCGAAGGUGUCCCGGAAUGGUUGCAACUGAAAACGAUGCUCCCAGAUCUUGACGGUCUUACUGUCCUCGACUUAGGUUGCGGGUUUGGUCGAUUCUCUCGAUUUGCAAGAGAGAACGGCUCAUAUGGUGACCAGAUCAGAUACGAAAGAGCUGGUUUGGAAGAACUCAGAUUGGGGGACGAUGAAUACGACCUCGUCUUUAGCUCACUGGCCUUCCACUAUGCCGCGAACAUUGCUGGAUUGAUUAAGGAGAUUGGCAUCGUGCUGAAGCCAUCGGGGCGCACGGUAUGCUCCAUCGAGCAUUCGAUAUAUACAGCGCCGUCAAGACCCAAAUUUAUAGUAGAUGAAGAAGCAGGCGGCAAGUCAUGGCUGUUAGAUGGCUAUGAAUAA